AUGUUGCUCUCCGAAGAACCCGCGACUCUCAUUCACCACACAAUCGAGAACUUCAACAUUGCACCAGACAAAACCGCUGUUUCGCGCGUCACAGAAUCCCUAUCCACACUCCAACAAGCCCGCGAUCUUCGCGUCCGCGAAGCCGAGUCAUCCCUUAAGAAGCUCUCCCGCCAGCUCGCAACCCACACAUCGCGACAUGACGACCUCGUAACUUCGCACUCCUCCGCGGAUCAUGCUUCCAACAUCGCACGUCUCGACACCCUCAAGUUCCGUACCGCAAAGGCCGCUGCGGACGCUGAAACCGAUGCGGAACGUCUUGCCCUUACUGCAGCAGACCUAAAGGCCCGUCUGCGUGAGCUCGAACUCCAGGGCGUGGAAGGAGAUGCUGCUGCCAACGCCCGACGACGAGACCCUGUUGAUGAUGAAGUGCUGCUGAGACUCAAGGUGUAUCGCAGCCUGGGCAUCGACAUUGAGCGUGAUGAUAGGGAUGGCGAAUGGUCCAAGGCGGUUAUCCGAAAUGACCGUAAGGGAGAUGUGCAUGUUGUCAACAUGGACAAGAAGUUCUCUCGGUUCUUCUAUGCAAACUACUUUUGGCAGACUCUUUAA